UCGUGCAUUGUCGCUUAAUUUUCUAGCAUUACUUUGUGGAUAAUAAUGGAUACUUACUUAUUGGUUUAGGUUUGGUGUUUUGACGCAAUUCCUAAGGUCAGUUACCAAGCUGUUAUACAGACAUGGCAGUGGAUGAAUAAACAGUUUGUCUCUUCAUUGUUAUCGCUUAGUUGCUGUUGUCGGCUCUCUGACUUUAUUUUAAUAAUAUCGCUCAAUGCUGACAUCCCAGCGCACAGUAUCUUUACAAUAGUGAUGUAUACUGACAACCAACUACACGACAUUGUGGUAAAGCGCAACACUUCGUCCUCAAGAAAGAGGUCAAGGGAUGGAGUGAGAAGUCACGUCACUCCUGCCAAGAAAAGGUCCAGUUUUACAUCAACAACGACAUGUUUAACCGAUAAAGAACAGAUUUAUACUCAAGACAUGGCGGAGAAUGAAGGGGUAGAGCUGUGCUGCAGUGACAAUGAAGAUCUCUUUGAGGGUUAUGACAGCAUAGUGGCUGACAGCUCUUUUCUGGCUAAGCUUGAAGACGUGGAGCUCCAGACGAGGCAGUGCUACGAUCAGCAAACUCCCAACGCCUGUGCGGAUGAUCUCUCUGACUCCAUCUUAGCUGAGGAUUUCAGAGACUCGUCACCAAGAGCUUUACCAAGCUCUCAACUUGAAUUUCAAAAAGCUAUCACAACGCCACACAAAAGCCCCUCCAGAGGUGCGCACAGCUCCUCUACCAAUGAUUUGAUGAAUCCCGGGCCGGCUGUCAAUCAUGCUGAUCUCAGCGUCAACAAGCCACAUUCAAAGGCCAGAAGAAGCAUGAAGGACCAUCUUAAGAAAGUGCUGAUGGAUAAUGCAGCAACGACUAGCACCAUCUCCAAGAUGGUACAGCAAAAAGAAGCUGUGAUGAAUGAAGAAAUGAGUUAUGCCAUGCAGGCUAUGGAGUCCAUAACCACUGAGGGAGACCUGGGUCCUUUUUUUGGGCUUCCGUCCAAAGUUAAAGAUCUUAUUUUCAGAUUAAAGGGAAUCCAAGACUUGUAUGAGUGGCAGAAGACCUGUUUGAGCCUGGAUUCGAUUCAGCAGAGGAGAAAUCUUAUUUAUUCUUUACCAACAAGUGGAGGAAAGACCCUUGUGGCAGAGAUUCUCAUAUUUAAAGAGCUCUUGUGUAGAAAGAAGGAUGCACUGCUUAUUUUGCCGUACAUAUCUUUGGUUCAGGAAAAGGUUCGAGGGUUGUCUAGUUUUGGAAUUGAGUUGGAUUUCAUGGUGGAGGAGUAUGCUGGUAGUAAAGGGAAGUUUCCUCCAGUCAAGAGAAGAAAUAAAAAUUCUCUCUACAUCACAACCAUUGAGAAGGGACACAGCCUUGUAAAUUCAUUAAUCGAAAAUGACCGUUUAGACAAUAUUGGCCUGGUUGUUGUGGAUGAGCUUCACAUGCUUGGUGAUGGGAGCAGAGGGGCGAUCCUUGAAAUGACUUUGUCCAAGGUUCUCUACAUGAGCAAAUCAACCCAAGUUAUCGGCAUGAGCGCGACACUAGGCAAUGUGAAAGAUCUCCAGAGCUUCCUAAAAGCUGAAAACUACACUAAUAACUUCAGGCCUGUUGAGCUGAAAGAAUAUGUGAAAAUAAAGGACAGCAUAUAUGAAGUUGACCCAAAGGAAGAGCCAUGCUUCACUUUCUCAAGACUCCUGAAUUUUAAGUACUCCAGUGGAAUGCAGAAAAUGGACCCGGACCACAUCAUAGCUCUGGCUACAGAAAUCAUCCCGCAGCAGUCCUGCCUCAUAUUCUGUGCCACCAAGAAGAACUGCGAGAAUCUAGCCGGAAUGAUCUGCAAGUAUUUAAAUAAAGAGUUCAUAAAACACAAGGAGUCAGAAAAAGCCACUCUUUUGGGUGAGCUAAAAAGCAGCGGGAACGGCUCGCUGUGUCCUGUGCUGCAGAAGACUGUACCCUUUGGUUUGGCUUACCAUCACAGCGGCCUGACCAGCGAUGAAAGGAAGCUGGUAGAAGAGGCUUAUUCCUCUGGAGUGCUCUGUCUCCUCACCUGCACCUCUACUCUUGCUGCGGGCAUCAAUCUUCCUGCACGCAGAGUGAUUCUGCGCUCCCCAUAUGUGGCUGCAGACUUUUUAAAGAGAAGUCAGUACAAACAGAUGGUGGGCAGAGCAGGACGAGCUGGAAUUGAUGCCAUGGGCGAGAGCAUCCUCAUCCUGCAGGACAAAGAUAUAAACACGGCCAAAAACCUACUGUGUGCUCCAAUGGAGAAGUGUUAUAGCAACCUUCUUCAUGAUGGAGGACGGGGCCUACUCAGCCUCAUCCUGUCUCUCAUUGGCCUGAAAAUAACCAAAACUGUAGAUCAGGUGAGGGAUUUGAUGAAAGGCACAUUGCUCAGUGUGCAGGAGGCUCAGGUCAGUCCAGAGAAGAGUUUGUGGGAUCUUACAGUGGAAUCCAUACAGACACUGAAGCAGAAGAACCUCAUCGAAGUCUCUUCUGAUGUAAAUAAUCAAAACAUUCUGCAAAUCACCAGGCUUGGAAGAGCUACAUACAAAGGUUCAGUAGACCUAAGCUACUGUGAUGUGCUCUAUCGAGACCUCUCAAAAGGGCUGGAGGGUUUACUCCUCAACAGUUUCCUGCACUUAGUGUAUUUGGUUACUCCAUAUGACAUGGUGCAUCAGUGCAAACCGGAUUGGAUGAUCUACUUCAGGCAGUUCACAAAUUUGUCGGCUGCUGAGCAGAAGAUGGCCACCACGGUUGGAGUUCCUGAGAGUUUUGUGGCCAGAAAGGCAGCAGGACAGAGUGUGAGGAAGUCUGUGGAUGUUGUGGUAGUGAACAGGUUGUAUCUGGCUCUGGUCCUGUUCUCCUUACUGAAGGAAACAAACCUGUGGAUUGUGUCCGAACGAUUCCAACUGAAUAGAGGUUUUGUUCAGACUCUCCUCAGCUCAGCGUCUGCUUUUGGAUCCUCUGUGCUGCACUUUACUGAGGAGCUGGAGGAGUUUUGGGCAUACAAAGCUCUUCUCUCCGAGUUGACCCGGAGAUUGACUUACUGUGUGCAGGCUGAGCUCAUUCCUCUCAUGGAGGUGUCUGGAGUUCUGGAGCAUCGUGCUAAGCAGCUAUACAGUGCUGGUUACAAGACACUAGCACAUCUAGCCAAUGCAGAUCCACGAACUCUGGUCAAAACUAUUGAAAACCUCUUUAAGAAACAAGCGUAUCAAAUUGUUGCAUCGGCAAAAAUGUUAUUAACAGAAAAAGCAGAAGCCUUGCGGGAGGAGGUGGACGACCUGCUUAUGAUGCCAUCGGAUCUCCCGUCAUUGUAGAUUCUGUACAUUUGUAUUUAAGUGAUGUAAAUGGCAUGUAUAUUAUCGAAUCCACCUGUAAUUAUGUAAACAACCGUGUACCUGCAUGUCUGGCUGAAAUAAA